GAAAAUUGAGUUCAAUGAAAUACAUACUCAAAAUUGAUUUAAUGGUUGACCGAUAAAAAUUCAAGUGAAUUCAAUUUUGAAAUUUUUUUUAUAUGAAAAUUGAGAUUGUUGUGAUGCAAGUGUGUAUGGGAUGAAAGGAUGUACAAACACACUACACUACAAUCUUGGUAAUUUGUGACCGUAAAUGAAAGAGUACAUAAGAAGUUCUCUAUCAUUCUUCAAUCUUUUGGUUCUAAAUUUCAAUAGGCUAAACAAAUUUUACUGAGGCUGCAGGCCGCCGUUACCUAUGACGACCAGCCACCACCACGACUGGUAGAGUGUCAAAUAGGUGUAUCUAUCUAAUGAAUGUUCAUCUAUAUCUGAACAAACACAAUGUGUAAAGGAGUAAGGUAUAUGAAGGAGGAGGAUGACAGUGUGGAAGAUCAUAUGGAGGAGAGGAAGAGAAACAAAAGGAGUCUUUGUUUCUUCUUCCUGUUGUUGGUAAGGUCACAAGGGAAGAAAUAAAGGAAGGAAACUUUGUAUUCCAUGAAAAUGACAUUGUAGUUAAACUGUUCGACAAAAGUCAGGGAUGGCUGGUGGAAUAGAAACUUUAUGCGGUCAAGCUUUUGGAGCAGGACAAUUUGAAAAACUUGGAAUGUACACAUACACUGCCGUAAUGUCCCUCGCCAUGGUUUGUGCACCAAUCACUGUUUUAUGGAUUUUCCUUGAUAAAAUCUUGAUUUUCAUUGGCCAAGACACUGAGAUCUCCAUUGAAGCACGUACAUAUGCUCUUUGGCUGAUACCAGCACUAUUUGGCUCAGCAAUUCUCAAACCCCUUACACGUUUUUUCCAGACCCAGAGCAUCCUUUCUCCUAUGAUUAUAAGCUCCUUAAUAGGUUUGUGCUUCCAUGGAGUAACCUCUUGGGUCUUAGUAUUUAAAUUGGCGUUGGGAUCUGUUGGCACGGCAAUUGCCUUCAGCUUAGGAAUCUGGUUGAAUGUCGUAAUACUUUUGUACUUUGUUAAGUAUUCUUCUGCUUGUGAGAAAACACGUGUGCCUUUUUCCAAGAAAGCUUUCCUUGGAUUUAAAGAAUUCUUUGCCCUUGCUGUUCCUUCUGCUGCUAUGGUUUGUCUCAAAUGGUGGGCAUGUGAGGUGAUUUUUUUGCUAGCUGGACUUCUUCCUAAUCCGGAGUUGGAGACUUCAGUUCUCUCUAUAUGCUUGUCCAUCUCUACACUGCACUUCACGAUAUCUUUUGGACUCGGGGCUGCUACUAGCACACGAGUUUCAAAUGAAUUAGGGGCAGGAAAUCCAAAAGCAGGUCGUUUUUCUGUUUGUACGGCUAUGAUCCUUGCAGUGAUAGAAGCUCUUAGUGUUGUCAUAAUCCUGUUUGGCUGCAGAUAUGUCUUGGGUUAUGCCUAUACCCAUGACAAUGUGCUUAUUCAUUAUGUGGCUGUUAUGAUUCCUUUUCUGUGUGCAUCAAUAUUUACAGAUAGCUUACAAGCUGUUCUUUCAGGGGCUGCUAAAGGAAGUGGGUGGCAACGUGUUGGAGCCUAUGUGAAUCUUGGAGCUUUUUAUUUAGUAGGAAUUCCUGUAGGCGUAAUACUGGGCUUUGUUUUACAUUUCAAAGCAAAGGGUCUUUGGAUAGGAAUAGUCGGCGGUUCCAUCGUGCAGACAAUUUUCCUUUCCAUUAUUACUGCUCGUACAGAUUGGAACAAACAGGCAAAAAUGGCAAGGGAGAGAGUACUUGAUGCUACGACUUAGGGUGGAUGUGUAAGAAAACUCAUGACUGAUGCUUAAAGUUAAUAGGAGCAAUUUCUAUAUUGUGCAUAUAUUGGAAAAUUAGUAAGACAUCAACUGCAAUACUGAUUAUUAAGUGUUGAAGUAGUUAAGUUAACUGUUAUUCAGAUUUUUGUUAUUUCGGUUAUUAGUUGGUUGAGCUGUUGUGUCAUCUCAUCGCCUAUAUAUUGGGGGAAACUUCUAUUUUGUAAAUCAGUUGAUCUCAGUCAUUUCCUUUCUGU